AUGGUGUUGCCGCCCCCGGACAAACGCCACGUGUGCCUGACCACCAUCGUCAUCAUGACCAGCAUGGCCUUCAUGGACGCCUACCUGGUGGAGCAGAACCAGGGCCCGCGCAAGAUCGGCGUGUGCAUCAUCGUGCUGGUGGGGGACGUGUGCUUCCUCAUCGUGCUGCGCUACGUGGCCGUGUGGGUGGGCGCCGAGGUGCGCACGGCCCGCCGCGGCUACGCCAUGAUCCUCUGGUUCCUCUACAUCUUCGUGCUGGAGAUCAAGCUCUACUUUGUCUUCCAGAAUUGCAAGGCCGACCGCAAAAGUCUGGAGACGGUGGCCCGCAAGGCUCUGACGUUGCUGCUGUCGGUGUGCGUGCCGGGGCUCUACCUGGUGCUGGUGGCCCUGGACAGCAUGGAGUACGUCAGGACUUUCCGCAAGAAGGAGGACAUGCGCGGCCGCCUGUUCUGGGUGGCGCUGGACCUGCUGGACCUGCUGGACAUCCAGGCCAACCUGUGGGAGCCCCAGCGGACGGGCCUGCCCAUCUGGGCCGAGGGCCUGAUGUUCUUCUACUGCUACAUCCUGCUGCUCAUCCUGCCGUGCGUGUCGCUCAGCGAGAUCAGCAUGCAGGGGGAGCACGUGUCGCCCCAGAAGAUGAUGCUGUACCCGGUGCUCAGCCUGGUCACCAUCAACGUGGUGACCAUCCUCAUCCGCGGCGUCAACAUGGUGCUCUUCCAGGACAGCCGCGUGUCCACCAUCUUCGUGGGCAAGAACGUGGUGGCCAUCGCCACCAAGGCCUCCACCUUCCUGGAGUACCGCAAGCAGGUGAAGGAGUUCCCGCACCCGCAGAACGCCAUGGCGCUGGAGCUGCAGCAGAACUCGGUGGGCCACCCGCAGCCACUGCCCAACGCCACCAGCCUGCCGCACGAGCCCUCGCCGCCGGCACAGGAGGUCAUCGACACAUGA